AAAUGUAUUGUGGAGAUCCUGUUCCUCUUAUAGAAUAGUAGCUCAAAUGUAUUGUGGAGCUCCUGCACCUAAAUAUAAACAGUACCGGUACCCAAAAUGAGUAUCGACUCCUAUUUCAGUCCAAGUCAAGCACUGGCACAGGAGAGAUUUCUGACUGCUUGUUUUCAGUUUAAUUCACUUUCAGUUGUUGGGUCAUAUGAAAAGGAGUGAACAUGCGAAUACACAUACACCGAGGCAUGCAAACAUGCACACACAUGAAUGGAGCAUUACUUGCCUGGUGAGUUGUACACACACAUUAGACAAGAGGGUGGGGCGCCAGUAAUUAAUGGGCUCUGCUGUCAACUCGUCUGUCUCUCCUGCCCGGAACACGCACACCACACACUAAUUCUCUCUCUUUUUCUCUCUCUCUCUCACACACUCACUCAGCCCUCCCGGAUGAUUCUCUCCUGCUUUCAGUGUCUUCAUUUAAGAAACUGUAUAAUAUUGACAAUUUUUUAUGUGAGCUUCUGGAUAUCAUUGGAAAAUGGGUCUCUAUUAUUCUAAAAGAAAUUGAUGGUGAUCACCUCAUCUUUUGUCUUCAUUUCAUCAUCCAGUCUGGAAGGAAUAAAAGAAAACCAACAUUUCCUCCAUUUCAUUUGUAUUUCUACUGCUGUACCUGAAGAUAAUGAGACUCUGUGCAAAUGUCUUUCAACUUUAACUUUCAUUUAACUUCAAAUCCAUUCAUCACCUUUGCUUCUUGAAUCCAAAUAACCCACACGGACCUGGGAAUCACACUUGGAAUGGGACCUGGUCCCAUGGAACUGACCAGAACAGAGCACGCCUAACGGGUUAUUUACCAGGGGGUUACAUCCCUGGUGAUCCCAUAGAGAGGGAGAUGCCUUCCCUGAACCACAGAAACUAACACACACACAAACCUCAUCCCCGGAGGUCCCAGAGCGAUGCCUUCCCUCCACCACGGCGCCAUCUUCCUCGGAGUCUUUCUCAUUGCGACAGGCGGCUCCACUGCCUUUCUCACCUCCUCACAGAGCCGCCUGCAGGCGUUCUCUCUGUGCUGUGUGGUGCUGGGAGCCGUCAUGCUGAUCCUGGGGCUUCUCUGGGCCAUGAGUAACAAGCACCAGGUAGAGUACAGCCAAGGAGAGUACCCCAACUUCCCCCAAUACCCCCACCAGGGAGAACACCCCAACUAUCCCUACCCACACCCAGACCUCAACUACCCUGGCCGGUACGCCCAUCCUGACCUGGGACAUGUCCUCUUCAGCCCCCGUGGUCCUGUUGGACACUUCCCAGAGUCCCAGUCAGCCCUACUGCAGAGGACCGAGCACCAGCGGCGAGGUGUGUAUGGGGCUAAUGAUGUGGACUACCCCCACUCAGCCCCCCUUCCCGCUACCCCCCCGGGCUGGGCCCCACCUCCCUACGAGGUCGCCAUAAAGACCACCUGUAGCUCCACCCACCUGCGCCGCGCCUACUCAGACACACACCUGGCCUCGGAACCCCUGUUUGGCCGAUCACGGGAGAUCAGCUUUGAGGUGUGACAUCACCAGACAGGCUCACACACUGCCUCCACCCACCACACUGGAGGAGGAAUACUGUGGCCACACCCUUCACUCAGGCUCUUCCAAUCAGCUGUCAGCCCAUAGGAAAAGGCAGGAAUAGGAGAUUGCCCUAAAGCAACACUCUGAGCAGCAUAUUAUCUGUCUGUCUUCAACAACCUGUAGUUGAGCAUGUUUUCACAAGCUACCUUUUAAAUGAGACAUUGAGUUUGCCUGGUGCAAAGGAACCGAUGGAAUAGCCCAAAAGUGCAAACCACACUCAAUGUCCGCAGUGCCUUUCCCUGCCUCUGCUAGCUCUUUACAUUAUAUGCAUGUGUAACAGAAUAUAAAAGUUAAAUACUAUUUAAUUAUGUAAAGUUCAACAAAAUAGUCUGAAUACUUGAAAUGAUUUCAUGUCAUCUAGUAGUCCUUUUGAAAUCCAAAUGUGAUACAUUAAUGUGUCUGCGAGGACAUCUAGUGGUCAGUCGACAUGCUAGGCAACUAAAACCAUACAAAUACCACAUCCAGCCCCUUCUAAAGGGUUUUAUCUAGCAGGGAUACAGCUAUAGUCAACAUAGAAUUUUCUUAGCAGGUUUAUCUGUCGUCUGCAUUUGCCGUGCAGCAUUUACGGUGAAACGGCCUCUGCAGAAAUCAGGGCAUUCAUACUUCUUGUGCUUCGCGGAUCAGCGCAGAGCUGUUGAGUAGAGCUGUUAUGAAGUAAGUUGUCAAGGAAGUGAGUUUGUGUUUGUACAGGACCUCCCGCCCCCAUCUACCGUCAACCAAUCAUGUCAAUGCAGGACUAUACAGCGCUAUAUGGAUCCCUCCACAUUGUUACAACAUUUUGGAGGCGCAUGGCGAUGCGGUAUGGAGCUCAAUUUGGCCUCUGCACGACUCCGGAGGCCACGAAAUUGCGUCACACCCUCCAAAUGGUGUCUCCUACCACAUUUUCAGAUCAAGCAUAGAAUUUACGCAGCGGUUUAGGUUAAUGUAGCAGGUUGUUAAGUUUAGGAAAAGGGUUAGCUAAAAUAAAACGUUUGACGUCAAAUUUGACAAAAGCUGUAUCCCAUCUAGACAUGACCCUUAAAGGCUCUGCAUGGUCAAUCUGUAACACAUGAUGACCCACCUGUUCUGCCACAAGGAGAAUGUAGUAUGUAGAAACCGGCUCCACAUACAGAAUCAGCCCAGAGAUGUAUCUCCUUGGCUGAUUAAUGAUUGAGUUAUGGUACUUUAUAAAUGCACAUAUUGUUAUUCUGUGCAAUUUUGUUGUACAAGACUAUGAAUUUAGGAAUUAGAUUCCAGGGGCCUCAUUUAUCAAUAAUGCAUAGGCACAAAUCUGUGUGUAAAUAAUGCUUGGGAUAAUUUCCACGCAAAGUGUGAGAUUUAUCAAUAUGAAAUAUGAUUGAGGCUGCACAAAUUUAAGCACAGCCAUGACAUUGCGUAUGCACAGUGGCAUGUGGUGGAAUAAGGGAACUGCUUGUCAUGUGUAGAAUGAGGAAAAUAUAUGUUGAAAAUGUGUGAAGUUGGGAGAGUAAUCAUUAAAUCGUUUUUUUAUUCCAUUGUA